GGCUGCGCUACAGCGCAGAAAGAGGACGAGGAGGAGAAGACUGCUUCGCUACUGUCGGGUUUACAGUUCAAGUAUCGUCUUUCUGCUUCAGUACACGGACUGGCAUCGCAGCUGGGAGAGCCUAGAGACUGUUUACUGUUUAUUUAGAUCUGUUGCAACGAGGUUUUCUCCGCUAAACGACGCAAACAUCGGCGCUGACGGGAUCGCACCUGCCUCGGAGCAUGGACAACAAAGACUGAUCCAACACUGCGCUGCUGUGCGGCAGCAAACCGAGCCAGGCUGCCUGCGAAACCUCCAAGAGAUUCAUUUAUUUACGAGCCUGUGCUGCACACCGGUGCUGCAAGAGGAGGGUUUGCGUGCAGGAAAUUUGGUGUUGGACUUCUACAUUGCAGGCCGAUCCGAUCCGAUCCGUGCCUCGCUGGGUUUAAUUAUAGCAACACUUUGCAUGCGCGUCUUAGUUUCGCUCGGACAUUGAGUAGUAGACAUACAUUUGAAGGGUCGAGGAGGAGAGCAGGCCUACAUCUGUGUUUAAUAAUUUAAUUAUCGCUGCUGGACACAGUCACACGGAGCAGCAGGCAGUCCUCUUUGUUCAAUGUUCCCUUAAAAACCAGGAGAAUUAUGUGGGUCAGUCCCGAAGAUGUGUUACUGGCGGGCGCGUUAUGGAUCACCGAGAGGGCAAAUCCAUAUUUCAUCCUUCAGAAACGGAAGGGCCACGGGGAUGGAGGCGGAGGUCUGGCCGGUUUGCUGGUCGGAACCCUGGAUGUCGUCUUGGACUCCAGUGCUCGGAUGGCCCCGUAUAGGAUCCUGUACCAGACUCCUGACUCUUUAGUUUACUGGAUCAUUGCUCAUGGAACCUCCCGCAAAGAGAUCACAGAGCACUGGGAGUGGCUGGAACAUAACCUGCUGCAGACUCUCUCCAUCUUUGAGAAUGAGAAUGACAUUACCACCUUUGUUAAAGGAAAAGUUCAGGGCAUCAUUGCGGAGUACAACAAGAACCACGACGUCAAAGAGGACGACGACACAGAUAAGUUCAAGGAGGCCAGCGCCAAGUUUCGUAAGCUGUUCGGGAUGCCGGAGGAGGAGAAGCUGGUCAACUAUUACUCCUGCAGCUACUGGAAGGGCAAGGUGCCACGACAGGGAUGGCUUUACCUGAGCAUCAACCACCUCUGCUUCUACUCCUACUUACUAGGAAAAGAAGCCAAGCUGGUGGUGCGUUGGGCAGAUAUCACCCAGCUGGAGAAGAGCGCCACCCUCCUGCUGCCCGACGCGAUCAAGGUGAGCACCCGCAUCAACGAGCACGUCUUCUCCGUCUUCCUCAACAUCAACGAGACCUUUAAGCUGGCCGAGCAACUGGCCAACAUCGCCAUGCGUCAGCUCCUGGACAACAAAGGCUUUGAGCAGGACCGCUCGCUUCCCAAGCUCAAGAAGAAGUCACCCAAGAAGGUGUCGGCACUAAAGAGGGACUUGGAUGCGAGAGCUAAGAGUGAGCGUUACCGGGCGCUCUUUCGUCUGCCCAAAGAUGAAAAACUGGACGGACACACAGACUGCACCCUCUGGACCCCCUUUAACAAGAUGCACAUCCUGGGACAGAUGUUUGUAUCCACCAACUACAUCUGCUUCACCAGUAAGGAAGAGACGCUGUGCAGCCUCAUCAUCCCGCUACGAGAGGUGACCAUUGUGGAGAAGGCAGACAGCUCCAACGUGCUGCCCAGCCCGCUCUCCAUCAGCACCAAGAACCGUAUGACUUUCCUGUUUGCUAACCUGAAGGACCGAGACUUCCUCGUCCAGAGGAUUUCUGACUUCCUGCAGCAGACCACCUCCAAGAUCUACCUAGAGAGGGAGCUCACUGGCAGCCUGAACAGCUCAGACGACGAGGUUUACUCCCAGCCUGGAUCCCUGCUCUCCAGCAGCCCACAGCACAGUCUCGGCUCAGAAAGCGAGCGUACAUUCAACCUGAACGACAGCAGCGUGCCCACAGCCACACAAGCCCUGAUGACCAUGUACCGCCGCCGCUCACCUGAGGAGUUCAAUCCCAAGCUGGCGAAGGAGUUCCUGAAGGAGCAGGCGUGGAAGAACCACUUUGCAGAGUACGGACAGGGGGUGUGUAUGUACCGCACCGAGAAGACGAAGGAGCUGGUCCUCAAGGGGAUUCCUGAGAGCAUGAGAGGAGACCUGUGGCUACUCUUCUCUGGAGCGAUCAACGAGAUGGCCACCCACCCCGGCUACUACGAAGACCUGGUGGAGAAGUCGAUGGGCAAAUACAACCUGGCAACAGAGGAGAUCGAGAGGGACCUGCACCGCUCUCUCCCCGAGCACCCGGCCUUUCAGAAUGAGAUGGGCAUUGCUGCCCUCCGCAGGGUCCUCACAGCCUACGCGUUCAGAAACCCCAACAUCGGAUACUGUCAGGCUAUGAAUAUUGUGACAUCUGUGCUGCUGCUCUACGCCAAAGAAGAGGAGGCUUUUUGGCUGCUCGUGGCGCUCUGUGAGAGGAUGCUGCCUGACUACUACAACACUAGGGUCGUAGGUGCCCUGGUGGAUCAGGGGGUGUUCGAGGAGCUGGCCCGCGAGUAUGUUCCUCAGCUGUACGACUGCAUGCAGGACCUCGGUGUCAUCUCCACUAUCUCGCUCUCCUGGUUCCUCACCCUCUUCCUGUCUGUCAUGCCGUUCGAGAGUGCAGUGGUGGUGGUGGACUGCUUCUUCUACGACGGCAUCAAGGUCAUCUUUCAGCUGGCGCUAUCCGUGCUGCACGCUAACAUCCAUCAGCUGCUGGGCUGCAAGGAUGACGGAGAGGCCAUGACCGUACUGGGCAGAUAUUUGGACAGUGUGACCAACAAGGACAGCACCCUCCCUCCCAUCCCCCACCUGCACUCCUUACUGACAGACAAUGGAGAACCCCAUCCAGAGGUCGACAUCUUCAAGCUGGUCCGCAGCUCCUACGAGAAAUUCGGUUCAAUCCGUGCAGAUGUGAUCGAACAGAUGCGUUUCAAACAGAGACUGAGGGUCAUCCAGACCAUUGAAGAUACAACUAAACGCAACGUGGUCAGGACUAUUGUAACAGAGACUGCCUUCAGUAUUGACGAGUUGGAGGAGCUCUAUGUUCUCUUCAAGGCUGAGCACCUGACCAGCUGCUACUGGGGCGGCAGCAGCAACCCCACAGAGCGUCACGACCCCAGCCUGCCCUACCUGGAGCAGUACCGCAUUGACGUGGAGCAGUUCAAAGGCCUGUUCAAUCUUCUGUUCCCCUGGGCCAACGGAUCCCACUCAGACCCCCUGGCUUUGCGCUUCUUCCGUCUCCUCGACCAAAAUGGAGACACUCUCAUCAAUUUUCGGGAGUUUAUUAAUGGCCUUGGUGUCCUCUAUCACGGGGACCUCACUGAGAAGCUGAAGCUCCUCUACAAGAUGCACGUCAUACCUGAAGUCACUCAUGAACAGGAAGAGCCUGACUCUGCCUUUGAGGCCACGCAGUAUUUCUUUGAAGACAUCACUCCAGAGACGUCCAUCGGUCACGACUCAAAGUGCAGAGGUGAACGGGAUGAUGGAUUCGUCAGAGUUACAUUUAAGACUGAAAAAGUGAAGAAACUGAACACUCCUGAAUAUCGCCAUUACCUGAAACUGUGGAACCAGGAGACAAAACCUAAACUAGAAAACACAAAAGACCUCCCCAAGCUGAAUCAGAGCCAGUUUAUCGAGCUUUGCAAGACCCUCUACAGCAUGUUCAGUGAGGACGUUGCAGAGCAGGAGCUCUAUCACGCCACAGCGACGGUCACCAGUCUGCUGCUGGAGAUGGGAGAGGUGGGAAAGCUCUUCUCCUCCACUGGCAGAAAGGACCACAACAUGGAGAGUAAAUCAGAGCCGAGCCUGUGUACAAGAGAUGCCACAGAUCCCAAAACCACCCAGGAGGCCGUGCUCGAUGGCGUGUUCCAGCAGCGGGGCCAGGGCGACGGCUUUGCUUCUGCAGGUCUGGAGACCAAGCCAAGCCCUUGUGAGGAGGGGAAAGGGGACGAAGGGAGCGAGCAGCUGCCACCUAUGCAAGACAUCAAGCUGGAGGACUCGUCUCCCAAAGACACAGGCACGUCGUCCGCCAUGCUCAUCUCGGAUGAUGAAACUAAAGAUGACACUUCGAUGUCGUCUUACUCGGUGCUCAGCGCAGGCUCCCACGAGCUGGAUGAGAAGCUGCAGUGCGAGGACAUUGCAGACGACACAGUGCUGGUGCGCAGCGACAGCGGCCCCAGCGGUGAAACAGGUAACCAGCCCCACGGUGGUGGACCCCAUGACAGAGGGCUGCCUCACAGCACAAGCAUUGAUAAAGACUGGGCCAUCACGUUUGAGCAGUUCCUGGCCUCGGUGCUCACUGAGCAGGCCCUGGUGCAUUAUUUUGAGAAGCCAGUGGAGGUGGCUGCUCGUAUAACUAACGCCAAGAAUGUGCGGAAAGUCGGGCGCCCCUCGCUGUCGACAAGUGACUAUGAGAUCUCGCUAUCUGGCUAAAGAUUUCACACACAGACUUUUUAAAAGGGAAAUGUGAUCAUCAGUCAUUGUGUAUAAAUGUCUCGCUGAGUUUUAGAGGACAAUGAAGGUCAGUGUAUGUGUAUGAUAGCUGAAUGAAUGUGACCAAAAACUGCUCUUAGCGACAAAUUUUACCAGAUGUGAAAGACUUUUAUUAUAACAAUCACCAGAUUCUGUCCAGCUGAGAGAGAAUUGGACGUUAAUAUUAAGGUUUGCUCAGAUGAAAUCAGUGUGUACAUGUACUGUAGUAGCUGUACUUUAUAAAGAUAUUAUGCAUAGGUGUUAAUAUUGUAAUCUCUAGUACUCUUAGGCGAUGUAGAUGUAAAUGUCCACAGAAACCUUACAGUUCCAAACUGGGAUAACGAUAGUCUACGUACGAUCACCUAACAUUAUACAAGCUCAAACUAUCGCUUCCUUACUUUCAAUUCCAUUUGCUGUUAAUCACAAAACGUUUUUAAUUUCUUCAUCGAAUGACAAUACAGAUAGAAAACGAAGCUGUGAAAAUUCAACGAUGAAUGAAUUUUCAUGUACAUAUUAUUAUGUGUCACUUUGGCUUUCCACACACACCCACACAUAGACACACACCUACGACUUCCUAGACCUACACUCACUAAAAUAAUGUUCCCAAUAACUGCCGUUUCCCCCGCUAUUUAUUGGUAAUCUCAAUCUUUUUUUUUUUUUGACUCAAAAGAAAACACACCUGAUGGCUGAGGAAUCAACGUGUCCUAAGAAACGAUGAUUACACUACUGUUGAAUGAAGGACCUGCACUUUCUGUACGUUUACAACAUAAUGUGAUCCACUAAUACAUUAUGGCCUUUUUUUCUUAACAUGUUUUAACCUUUUUGCUCUGUACAUUUUUACAUUGCUGUUUUUUUAUGUGAAUAUUUUUUUUUUAUUAUUAUUUUAAAUGUCCAGGUAUUAUUACUCUGGAUUCUGAUGCAUUGUGUGUCACUCCAUCUAAUUAAAGUAACAGUACGAUUGAUUCGAAGCUGCACAGAACAGCGCUUCAAGCCUUUUUUAUUGACUUCAUCAGACUGAGUGCUACCAUGUGACAGAAAACACUGAGUGUUGCUGCCAUCUGGUGUUAGAUCUUAUAUCCUACCAUUCAUUUAUUUACUGAAGACAUCAAUUUUAAUUGUGAAAUAUGAUUCACAGAUGCAGAAAUUGUAUUACCAUUUUUUUGUCUUUGAACUAGUUUAAGCUGUUAUUCACAAAUAUUUCACAUUAUUUAAAUAACUGCCACAGACUAGUGUGACUCUAGUAAAGUAAAAUGUUACUAAGUACAUUUUGAAGCUACUUGAACUGUACUAUUUUUAUUUUCAUGUUAGUUUUCACUCAUAUUCCACUUAAUUUCAGGAGAAGGGAAACAUACUCUUCUUCUCAACUGCAUUUAUUUGACAGCUAAAGUUAGUUUUUAAUUUGCAGAUUAAGAUUUUAUAUACAAAACAUAAGAUCAGUUUCCAAAAGAUAAUGUAUUUUGUAUACAGCAGUAGGAGAACUACUCAGAUCGUAACACUAGCAAUAGCACAGUGUAGAAAUAGUCCUUUUUAGAAUUUAGAAUUCCAUUUAGAAUUUAACUUCAGUACAAAAAGUAUAGGGACACGUGCAAAAGUAUUGGCAUCAAACUAUACUUAAAGGUCUAGUGUGUAGGAUUUAGUGGCAUCUAGUGCUGAGGUUGCAGAUUGCAAUCAACUGAAACUUCUCCCGUGUGCCAAGCAUGUAGGAGAACCGCGGUGGCCGACGCAAAAUGUGAAUGGCCCUGUCUAAAGCCACUGUUUGGUUUGUCCAUUCUGGGCUACUGUAGAACAACAUGGUAGACUAUGUAAAGAGGACCUACUCUGUAUGUAGCCAUUAAAAGGCUUGUUCUAAGGUAACGAAACAACCAUUCUUAUUUUCAUACUUAUGGAUAUUCAUUUCCAUUUCUGUUGAAAUAUUCCCAUAAAUCCUACACACUGAACCUUGAAAGUAAACAAAGGCACUCAGCAAUAUGGCCCAUCUCAGAGUAACGUGUCACUAGAGCAUAAUCAUUUAUGUAUUAAAGCAGCUGUGCGGAACUUUACGUUUUUGUUGAUUAUAGCGCCCCCUUUGGUCGAAGAGGUAUGACACCCACAGCCUGGUGUUGUAAAAUUCCGACUGCAGCCGGCAUUCGGCUUCAUUCGUAAAAUCUCGACUGCAACCGGCAAUUACCGCAUGCAUUUGUUAUGGAGAGCGAGAGGAAAAUCAUAAAUGUUCUGGUGUAGCUCUGAAUUUCUUAUAAACUGAGGACAACUGCCUGCUGUAUAUUUGUGUUCAUGGUAACAGUCACAGAUAAUUUUGUGGCGUUUGUUGUAACGUUACUAGACAAAAGCGGUUCACAUCAGCUAACGUUACAUUUAGCUUGCUUAUAACUUCCAUGUCGUCAUAUAUUGAAGUGACACAACGUCUAACAAGUUGCGGUGUAUUCUCUAAAUAAAAACAAAAAUUACAUACCUGUCGAUUAGGAAAAGGGCCAACUCGGGAUCAGUUUUAAAACCUUUCAAAUCUCUCAGCUCUCUCCACUUGGUGAAUGCCCGACCGAGGUUUGCACGUGUUUGGGCUCGAGCCCUAUCACUGUCCCGUUUAGCCUUCUUCUGUUCUUUUUCUUUUAGAUGGUGCUCCUUCUUUAUCCGCCAUGACAUCGAAAGUACAACCAAGUCCUUAUAGAUACAUCUCUGGUAAAACUGUUAUGUGUUCAGCAAUGCCCGUUGCGUACCGCUUACUCGAAAAACACUCUCUGUAAACAUGGCUCUUUGUUCUUCUGUGGUUUAAUGGCUGCGGGCCGCUGUGGGCAUGCAGACUUACUUCCGCCUCCAGGUGCCGUAUUCUGGUUUGCUGACUUCCGCUGUGUCUGACCUGAGCCAGGCUACGCUAAAUAGCCAUAUAGAGAAAGGCUUUUUUGUCACUGUUGGGUUCAAAUUAAUAUGCAGAUCUUCAAGGGGGGGUGAUACGAACUAGGGACAGUUUUAUAAAUGGUAAAAAGUUCUGCACAGCUGCUUUAAUGUAAACAUUACUUUGAGGGUCCAGUGUGAAGGAUUUAGGGGGAUCUACUGGCAGAAACUGAAUAUUUAAAACUACAUUUUUGUUAGUGUUUAACCACCUGAAACUAAUAGUCAUCGUGUUUUCGUUACCUUAGAAUGAGCGGUUUAUAUUUACAUAUGGAGCUGGUCCUCUUCAACAGAGUCCGCCAUGUUUCUACAGUAGCCCAGAACAGACAAACAAAUAUUGGCUCCAAAUAGGGCCAUCCACAUUUUUAAAUUACUUAAAGGCCACUGUAGCUUCUCAGACUGGAGGAUAUUCAGGUAGUUGCAAUCUGAAACCUCAGUGCAAAGAGCUACUAAAUCAUGCACACUGGUCCUUUAAUGUUGCAGCUGGUGGAGUUAAUGCUAAUUACUGUGUAUACUGUUGGGUAGCUUGUGAAUUUACCCCCAAUGAACCAGUUGAGUUUUACCUUAUCUUAGAAUUUAUUCCUUGAUUAUAUUUUGUGUCAUUAAUCCGACUCUACAAAGUAACUAAAGUUAUCAAAUAAAAUCACUGGAAUGAAAAGUACAAUGUUUCCAUCUGAGAUGCAGUUAAGUAGAAGUAUAAAGUAGCAGAAAAUUAAAAUAAAGUACCUCAACAUUGUACUUAAGUACAGCGCUUGAGUAAGUGUACAAUGUACUUAGUUAUUUUGCACCACUGGGUAUUGAUUAAAUCAGCUUCAACAUUAAAAUGGUGCUCACAUGUUCAUGUAUUAGUAACCAUAAUCUAAUCUUAUAGUACUCACAGGGACCAUUUUGUUGCUGUGAUGCCCCUCCCACUGUCUUGGACAAUGUUCCAGCCAGCCUCAUCAGGAAGUUGGCUGACAUGGGAGGGUUGUUACCUUGAUUAGGCUCACCUGGGCUUCCAGGCUAUAAAAGCUGCCUCCUCUGUUCACUUGGUCUCUCCCCUCCUUCAGCUGAUAUCCACUGUGCAUCUUUGGUUUUUUACACCUCCACAGCACACCUGACACUCACCCAUGCAUGGCUUUCAUAACUGACUUUGCUGACCUACACACUCCAUUGAUUAUUUAAGUUAAUUUUAGUUUAAUA